AUGGGGACUCAGCACUCCUCUCCAGGCAGCAUGGUCUGUCCCGUCGCGGACGUUGAAGUCACCAAAGAAAAUCAACUUAUCUAUCUACGGCACAGGCGCCAGGAGUGCGUGCAGGUCCUCGUAGAAUUUGUUUCUCGCCUCGUCAAAGCUGGUCAUCAGGAAAGCGCGGACGCUGACGAUGGUGGCGAAUUUGCGUUUCCCGAGAGGCAGGCGGAGGCUCAUCAGACGGUCGCUGAUGCUCCGCGGCAGACAGAGCAAUCUUCCCACAAUGUCGUCCUAGAUGGCAAAGGCGACUCCCGCAUCACGUCGCUCUGCCCUGCGGUGACCGCUGUAGAAGAGGGUGUAGCCGACAUUAACCUUCUCUAUUUGGCCUUGUUCGGGGAACCGGGUCUUGCUGAGUGCAGCGAUGUUCACCUUGUAGCGCACCAGUUUCUGAGCCACUAA